GCCAGUUGUUGUUCCUCAAUACAGUCAAAAGUUGACGAUGGAGGCUUCCGAGUCUUAUUGAUACGUCCAUAUUAAAACAAUUAUUGGCAGUGUCGAGAAUUAUUUGGAUAUUUCCUAGAUUGUUGAGCUCUGAUUUCGAAUGCCAGUUUGACGUUUUUGCAAAGUGAAAAACUAUAAUUUCUCGUUUUUUGACAGUUGGGCAUCUGACGUUUGACAUUUUUGCUGCACCGGCUGAUAUUACGGUUGUGAAAGCCAAAGAAAAAUGAGUGCUUUGGAAGUGAUUGGUUUUCUCUUUUGCAUUUAUUUACUCUGGAGCAUCGUCAGUGCCUUGUUCAACUUGCUAUACACGUGCUACUUGGGAAAUGCAUUAGGCCGUUCCAUCGACGUCAAGAAACUAGGCUCGUGGGCUGUCAUCACCGGGGCUACUGAUGGAAUUGGACGAGCAUACGCCGAAGAGUUUGCCAGACAAGGUUUGAAUGUUGUACUUGUCAGCCGGUCGCUCUUCAAGCUCCAAAAUGUUGCACGUGAGAUUGAAACCCAAUACGGAGUCAAGACUCGCGUUAUAGACGUGGACUUCACCAGCGGACGGGAGAUCUACGACCGCAUCGGUGCACAACUGCAAGACUUGGAUAUUGGCGUAUUGGUCAACAAUGUCGGCAUGUCCUAUAAUUAUCCGGAAUUCCUCUGCUAUCUCCCCGAUGCGGGAGCCUUUUGCACAAGAUUGAUGCACUGCAAUAUUCUGUCGGUCACUGGCAUGACGCUCCUCUUGUUGCCCAAAAUGGCCGAGAAGCGUAAAGGCCUUAUCCUCAACGUCUCAUCCGCAUCUGCUGUUCUACCGUCCCCGCUACUCUCCAUGUACUCCAGCACCAAGGCAUUCGUCGAGAAAUUCAGUCGUGAUCUGUCACUGGAAACUCAACAUUUUGGUGUGACGGUGCAAUGCGUGCUGCCCAGCUUUGUGGCCACAAACAUGAGCAAAUUCAAGUCCAGUCUGACCGUACCCAGUCCUACCCAGUUUGUCCGGGGUCACAUGAACACACUUGGGCUUGAAGUAUCUUCUCCCGGUUACUGGGUUCACAAGAUUCAGAUCGGCUUUUACAACGUGGCACUGAGUUUCGUGCGACCGGUCGUUGAACGCGUCGCCUGGUACGGUCUCUUUUCCAUCCGCACACGGGCUGUUAGGCGCCAGCAGCGACUCAAGAUGGCGGAAGUCAACCCCGAAAAGACGCUUAACGGGACUAAUGUUGUUGGAGUCCAGCCGAUCCAAUAGAUUUUCAUUCCACACUUCAUCGAAUCCAUCAAAAGGCAGUAGUAGCCUUAAGGCUCUUCACGCUUUCUUCUGCUCAUUGUUGUGUAAAUGACUAUGACUGUAUCAAUUCUAGGCUCACAUAAUUGUUCUUCUUUUUCACCGGCUAAUCAUUAAUAAAAAUUCAUACACAAUA